AUGGCCAGAGAAAUUACCGAUAUUAAGCAAUUUUUGGAAUUGACCAGAAGAGCUGACGUUAAAACUGCCACCGUUAAGGUCAACAAGAAGAUUAACAAGGCUGGUAAGUCUUUCAGACAAACCAAAUUCAAGGUCAGAGGUUCUAAGACUUUAUACACUUUAGCCAUCAACGAUGCUGCUAAGGCCAAGAAGUUGAUCCAAUCCUUACCACCAACUUUGAAAGUUAACAAAUUAUAA